AUGACUGCACUCGACGCAAAGAUAUCGGCUGUUUCAGCUGUGGCGACUGUCGAAGCUCUCUUCGUGACCUUCCUCAACGAGGCAUCGGUCGCGAAGCAGACAUCGGCAAUUGACCCAGCGCUGAAAGUUUCCGACUUCAAAGACCUUUCCAACCGCAUUGUAGCUGCUGCAAAUUGCGACGUUCCCUACGAGGCAGACUGCGACGGGGUUCCUCCCGAUACUUCCAAGACUAGACAGUUUGCUGUCAUUGAGACGGCGGCAAGACAUCUCUUUGACCUGCUGAUAGCGUCCACCUUGAUCGACUCACCUGAUUUCGUCAAGAUGUGGAACCUUCUCGACAUUCUAUCGAUUCUAUCAGAUAAAUGCCAGUGCGACCCGGCUCUAUUGUUCUGGCUAAUUGAGGAACUUUUAGACAGCCAGACAAUUGCUGGCUGCCGCACGAUAUUUGAUUAUCUUGAAUCGAGGCGCGAGCGAAUUACAGCCAAGCAUUUCAAGCAGAAAAAUCUUGUUAUACUGCGAAGUUGCAACGAGCUUCUGCGACGCCUCUCCCGUGCCGAAGACACUGCUUUCUGUGGUCGGGUCUUCAUAUUUUUAUUCCAGAGCUUCCCCCUGGGAGACAGGAGCUCUGUGAACCUUCGAGGCGAAUUUCAUGUCGAAAAUGUCACCACAUAUGAGACGGGGCCUGUUGAAGAGCAGACAAUGAUGGACCUUGAUGCUCCAGUCAACCCCAGCUCCGGCAUAAAAGGAGUCACACCUGAUCCUACUAAAGACUCGCAACCGGGGUUCGAGCCUGGCACGCUCUACCCGUUGUUCUGGUCGCUUCAGGAGAGCUUCAGCCAACCAUUGAAGCUGUUCGACCCCGUCCACUUCGGCAAGUUCAAGACCAGCCUUGACGCUACCAUGAAGGCAUUCCGAGCCAUAUCCGGUAGCGAAUCAUCCCAGUCUUCAAAAACGGUAGAAAAUACGAGAAGAAAUCUGCGACGCAAGAGAGAAGAAGAAGGGUUUGACGAUAUUCCCGAGACUUUCAAUCCCAGAUAUCUCACGAGCAAGGACCUGUUUGAACUAGAGAUAAGCGAUCUCUCUUUCAGACGUCAUGUCCUUGUCCAGGCACUCAUCGUCACCGACUUCAUCCUCACAAUGUCCGCCGGCGCCAAAGAGAAGCUAGCCAACGUCAACUCGUCCAAUAAAUCGGUUAUUUACAACGAUCAGCUCAAUGAGGAGAACACCAAGUGGGCAAGCGAGACAAAGGCGUCUAUUUCGGAUUAUCUCAAGAGGGGACUCGAGGGUCCUUACUUUUAUAGAAUGGUUGAGACAGUGCUCGCCAGAGACAAAAAUUGGGUGUUUUGGAAGAUGGCAAGCUGCCCGCCUAUUAGCCGGAUAUCUGUGUCGGACACGACCUGGAACGAUUCCAAAGGUACCUCGCAGCGCCUGGCAGCGAGCAAACGUUUGCGCCCGACCCCAAUGGGUGCGGUUCCUAUGGAUUUCCUACGCGAUGAUAUUAACAAGCUCGCCAUGGAUAGCCUGCAGGAAGCAGAGAGGCAUAAGCCCCCAGAGCUAAGUAGUUUCAAGAAUCAGAUUGCAGACGACGACUUCGAAAUCAGCAUGCCUACAAACGAAAGUACCAAAGUUGCCGCCAUUGCAGGAAAGGCAAGCAAAAGCUGGAGAGCCAUUCGCAUAGCAGGGCGAGCAAAGUUGGCAGCGUUUGACAAGAUUGACGAUUCCAAUGACGUUGAUCCCGUAUUUCAGGAUCUGGACGAAGGUGACGGCAUGUUCGAUGAAUACGAUGAAGAGAACGAGGCAUUGGUCGAAGAGAACUUGCCUGCGGACCGUGACUUGAUCAUCAUUUCCGGCGUCAAAGGUGCUGGAAAGUCAAUGCUGGCGAAGAGACUCCUGGAGGGUCACAAGGGUGUAUUCGGCCUCGUGGUAAGGCACACGACGCGACAGCCGCAGGAUGACGAGGUUAGGGCCAAGUCAUUUCACUUCGUCACGACCCAAGAGUUUAAUCAGCUGCGUGAUGGCGAUCGACUAUGCGAGUACGGCACGCGAAACGGGUUCGAUUACGGCACCAGCACCAAGUCCAUCGAGACUAUUCUCGAAUCUGGAAAAGUACCCAUCAUUGAGCUAGACUUGGAGGCGGCUAAAUUUGCUAUGGACAUUGGGCUCAAUGCUCGCUACAUUCUCAUCAACCCGCCAUCCAAGGAUGUGCUCCGUGAACGACUUGCAAACUCAGGUUAUGAUGAGGCUGCGAUCGAGGCUGUCGUUGCCGAGCUCCCCACUGGUGCGGACGCGUCUCGAAUAGAAGAAGAAUUCAACAAGACCGUUGUGAACGAUUCCCUCGAGCAAGCUGUCAGAGUUAUCAGCGCAUACAUUUACGGCUCGAUCGAAGAGGAACCGCCUUUGCUUGAGGAGGUGGCGACCUCUGCCGUUGAAGGAGGCGGCGAGCAGCAGCCAGACGAGGACGAGGACGUGGACGUGGACGAGGACAAGAUGUUGACCGACACAUCCGAGCAGGAGGCACUCGAUGAUUCCAGGAGCAAUGACGAGGGGAGCUGUAUUGAGGUCAAGUUAUGA